AUGUCGGGCUCAGGCGGCCAUGUCACCCUUCUCAGCCAGGGAACUGGCUAUGGGAUCAUCAUCGGUCUCUCCAUCUUCUUCUGUCUCUUCAUCCUGGCGGCCAUCCGGAUUCAGAAGCUGUAUCUGCAGGAAGACUCGGAAAAGUCGGAAAUGUUCAUGGUCGCCAAUCGAACCGUGGGAAUAGGCCUGACUGCUUCGGCAGUCUUCUCGUCGUGGAUGUGGCUUAGCGAGACUGUCUUCGCGGUGGUUGUGGGCUACAAUUAUGGGAUAGCGGCACCGAUGUUGUACGGCGGAGGCCUUGCGAUUCAAAUUUCAUUGAUGGCGGUUGUCGGUGUGGUGUGCAAGCUGAAGGCGCCACACGCCCAUACCUCACUGGAAAUAGUUCGCACCAGAUACGGAUCCAUCGCCCAUGGAGUAUUUACCAUCCUGAACCUGAUCAACAACAUCUUCGGAUGCUCGUCCAUUAUCCUGGCAGGCUCUCAGUUGAUGACGGGCAUUACCGGCGUCCAUUUGGUUGCGGCGACCAUCCUGCUCCCUCUCGGCGUGGUUGCUUAUACCGCGGUCGGAGGGCUGAAAGCGACCUUCCUGACCGACUACGUCCACACCGCCGUGGCCCUGAUCUUGAUCAUCUUCUUCACUCUGAAAGUCCUGACCAACGAACAUAUCGGGGGCAUUGGUGGACUGUACGACAAGGUCCGCGCGGCUGAAGCUGCCGGCACGAUUUUACCGGUUCCUGGCAACUAUGCCGGGUCGCUGUUGGCUUUCAAGUCCAAGGGCGCCAUCAUCUUUUCCACCCUCAUCAAACUGGGUAAUCUGGGCCUGGUGACUAUGGACACGGCAUUCUGGCAAAAGUCAUUUGCCUCGGAAGUGAGCGCCACGGUACCGGGAUACGAUCUGGCGGCUCUGUCCAUCUUCGCCGUGCCUUGGGGCAUUGGCAGUGUGAUCGGCCUCAGCACCCGAGUGCUGGAGAGACUUCCGAUCUUCCCCACCUACCCAAACCCCAUGAGCGCCGGACAGGUCGGGGCCGGUCUCCCGAUGGUGUACACGAUCUAUGCGGUCGUCGGUCGCGGCGGGGUGAUCGCCUUCCUCUUCCUGCUCUUCAUGGCGCUGACGAGUACGGUGUCCUCGUCGAUGAUUGCCGUCAGCAGUAUCUUCUCCUUCGACGUCUACCGCACCUACCUCAAACCCAAGGCCACCGACCGGCAGAUCAUCCGGAUCAGUCAUUUCGGCGUCUUCUUCUAUUCGCUCUUCAUCUCCGCCUUUACAUUGGCUCUCAGCUACGGCGGUGCCAACAUGCUCUGGUGGAACUACUUUGCUCCCAUGAUCAUCUGCCCCGGCGUCGUCCCGUUGAUCCUCACCAUCUUCUGGAAGCGCCAAACCGCCCUGGCGGCGACCCUGUCCCCCAUUUUAGGCAUGGCCACCGGCAUUUCCAUCUGGCUCGGCCUGGUCAAGCACGAGUUCGGCGUGGUCAACAUGACCACCACCUCCAACCAGAUCUUCAACCUCUACGGCGCCCUAGGCACCAUCUUCUCCCCUCUACUCUACUCGGUCGUCAUCUCCUUGACCAUCAAACCGACCGUCUUUGACUGGCGCGAGUUUCUCCGCAUCAGCUUGGUGCAAGACGAUGACACGUCCAAGACCGAUAUCACGGCCACGACCGAGACCCCGACCUCGACCCCGACCCCGACCGAACAUGGCGUCCCGGUGGAGAAUCUGGUCGACGACAAGAACCCCGGCGAGGUCCAAGUCGUGCCGAGUUCGAUCUUGUCGGGCUCACAAGCCGUGGAUGAAAAGCAAAAGCAAGCCACUCCCACCGUCGCCGCCAUCAGCCUAGACGACGUGACGCAUCCGUUGGACGACGCGAGCCUCCGCCACCUCUACCGCUGGCUCAAGAUCGCCCUGGGGGUGUUCGUCUCCCUGGUCCUGAUUACGUGGGUGGUUUGGCCCAUGCCACUGUGGCGCGACUAUAUCUUCGGCAAGGCCUUUUUCUCCGGCUGGAUCACCGUCUCCAUCAUCUGGCAGUUCUUCGCCCUCUUCAGUGUGGUGAUUUUCCCCGUGUGGGACGGCAGGCAUGCGCUGGCGAAAGGAUAUCGGGGGGUCAGGACCCAUGGAUUCUUCCGGAGGCAUUGA